CACACAUUUAUAUAUCGUGGACUGAUCUUGCUUUCGUUUGGAAGAAAGAUUUUCUUUUCAAGAACAUGUCUUGUAUUCCGCCUACUUGUCUUUCUCCUAACAAAUAGUCUAUUCCAAAGGAUGGGUGAAAUCUAUGGAAAGCACAUCGAUUCAUAGUUUUAAAUUAAGUCAGUAAUGGUUUUAUUAUAAGAUUCAUUAUGGGAGCUUAUAUCUCGGAAUCUAAUGUAAGUGCCAACUUCACCAUCGGCAACGACUCGGCGACAAUCCACGAAGCCGCUCUCUCGGGCUAUAUGGUUGUGAUCCUGGCUGUGCUUAUGAUAACGCUAGUAGUCGUGGUUGUGGCUGGAAACGCGCUUGUUAUCCUCGCUUUCAUUGUUGACAAGAGCCUAAGAAAUCAAAGCAACUACUUCUUUCUCAACCUUGCUAUUUCAGAUUUCCUGGUUGGUGCCUUCUGCAUCCCUGUCUAUAUCCCCUACAACCUGACAGGACGAUGGGUAUUGGGCAGAGGUCUUUGUAAACUGUGGCUCAUCAUGGAUUACCUGCUCUGCACCGCCUCAGUGUUCAACAUAGUCCUCAUCAGCUAUGACCGUUUCCUCUCAGUCACCCGAGCAGUGAAAUACAGAGCUCAGCAGAGCAUGACACGUCACGCUGUGGUAAAGAUGGUGGCUGUAUGGGUGUUGGCGUUCCUUCUCUAUGGCCCUGCCAUCAUCUUCUGGGAGCUGGUCAUGGGAAAAAGCAUUGUCCCUGGUGACAAGUGUUUUGCUGAGUUCUACUGCACCUGGUACUUCCUGCUCAGUGCCUCCACCUUCGAGUUCUUCACCCCCUUCAUCUCUGUGGCCUUCUUCAAUUUCAGCAUUUACCUGAACAUUCACCAGAGGAACAAGAGCAGGGUCAUUCGUAAGGAGGAUGCCAAGGCACACAGGGAUAGGGCCAGUCCCAGAGAAGGGGGUGCCGUCAUGUCAGUGUUUUUUGCCAAGACUCGCAAGGUGUCGUCAAGCGAACCCACUACAGUUUCAGCGGUGAUAGAGGAGGAUGAGGAGCUGUCUCCCUCCUCCAGUGGUGAGCCUAGUUGCGGACACACAUUCAUGCAGAGGAAGAAAUUUCCAUCCUGCAGUAGAAGGUCCAAGCUUCUUCAGUCCCAGGAUCUUGCCGGGGCCCCCAGCAGGACCUCACAGGGUUCCCGCCUCUCCCGUGACAAGAAGAUUGCCAAGUCUCUGGCCAUUAUAGUUUGCAUUUUUGGAAUCUGCUGGGCACCCUACACCCUGCUGAUGAUUAUCCAAGCAGCCUGUAAAAGGCAAUGUGUGGAGGAACACUGGUAUGAAAUAACCUUUUGGCUCCUGUGGUUAAACUCUGGUAUUAACCCUUUCUUGUACCCUCUCUGCCAUAGCAGCUUCCGAAGGGCUUUUGCUAAGAUACUGUGCCCCAAACGGCAAUCUGUCCAACCUCACACUGAGACUCAGUCUUGCUAAUGGAGCAAUUUAUGGCUGGAUGAGUCAAAUUGGUGUGAGAAGACUACUGCAAAAAGGAUGUGUAUUUUUGCCUGACUUUGAAAGUAGAAACUCAAAGGUUUGGUUACUCUGCAACAUUAUGUUA